AUUUUACCGAACCCCCUCUUCUCUCGCUGCCUAGCAAGACUCGCCGAGCUAGGACUGGAGUGGUUGCUAGGCUAGCGUCAGGAGCGAGGCGGAGGCUGGGUAGCUAGCUCUCCCUUUCGCGGCCAUCUAUGCGCGGCGCACGCGCGAGCGAGGAGGCGUGAAAUCCGAGCAAUGGCGGUGGGGAUGGCGCCCGGGCAGGGGCGAUCCGCUCAUCUGUAGUAGAGGUGCCGCGCGGAGGGGGUUUGGGUGGUGGUGGCGCGAGAUGGGAUCUGGGAGCAGCAAGGGCGCCUCGUCGGCGUCGGCCGGUGGCGAUGAGGCGAGGAAGGGGGAUGGGAAGGGGCGGAGGGGGAGAGGCCUGCUGCAGCGGCUGCCGAGCACCUCCUCCUGCUUCCGCGGUCACGACAGCGCGCCGUCGCGUGACGACGCUUCCUCGGCGUCUCCGCCGCCGCCGCCGCGGCAGUUUGAGUCUAGCAAGGGAGGGGAGGCCGGACGCUUGCCUUCAAUUCCUCAAGUUGACAAAUCUGAUGAGGAUGCUCCCACGAGCCCUAAAUCUCAUCCAGGUGAAGGGGCAACAUUACCUUCAUCACAAAUAAGCAGAGAACAGGGUGUUGAUGUAUUGCAGAAUGCCACCGCUGGCAACACCACAGGGGAGGUCAACCAAUUACCAAAUCAUUCUGACAGGCCACGACCACGUCUUGGUGUCAACUUCGGGUUGAGUAGAGCUGUCAGCUUGGGAUCAUCGGUAGCCUGCUCUAUUCUCUCAUCGGACCUCUCCACUUCAGCUAAUCCUGAUGGAGGCCAUGGAAAUGUGGACAAUUCUUCUGGUGCAAACAUCUCUCAGCAAGGUGGUGCAUCAACCGCUGGGAUUGAUUCAACCCUGAAUAUGCUUAGAGAUAGUGUAACAGCACAAGCUAGAGCAGCACAUCAGGCCAGGAGAAAUUUGCUAGAAUCCGACAAUGCUAACUUGAGGCAUUCCAACAGAAGGAUGGGAGCUCAGGAACCUUUUGAAGGCAGUGUUCGAUUCAGCCGAACGUUGAGUGUUGGACGUCUCCGUGACAGAGUUCUGAGGAGGACCCCAUUCUCAGAUGGGUUAUUCACCCCUUCACUUCUUUACGAUAGGGCAAUAUGGCCAUCAGGAAAUGCGAGUGCCAGGCAAAAUUCAGCAAUCAUGCAAAGGACUAAUUCAGAGAGAAAUUCUGAACUACAAUUGGAUUCUUCAGCUGACCCUGCAACACUAAGAGAGGCCAAUAAUCGGGAUCUACUAGAGCGCAGAUCAGCUUUUCUUGAGAGGAGAAGGAUACGAUCUCAGGUCCGAGCUCUCCAAAGAUUGGGCAGCAGGUAUGAAAAUCUAUCAGGACUAUCAGGACAUGAGAGAUCAUGCAUACUAUCUGGUCAGCAUAGAACAGGAAAUUGCAAUUGCAGAACGAACAGUCAACCAGGAAAUUCUGAUGAAGAAACCAACACAAGAGCUAGCAUAUCAAGAAUUGUUAUGUUAGCAGAAGCACUUUUUGAGGUUUUGGAUGAAAUCCACCAACAGUCUGCUGCUUUAUCCUCAAGGCCAUCAUUUUCCUCAAUUGGGUCGGUUCCUGCACCAAAGGAGGUUGUCGAGCGUCUUCCUGUAAAAGUGUACAGGAGAUCAUUAAAACACCAAACAGAGGAGGCUGCACAAUGCUACAUUUGCCUUGUUGAAUAUGCUGAGGGAGACUGUGUCCGUAUUCUUCCAUGCAAUCAUGAAUUUCAUCUAACAUGUGUAGAUAAAUGGUUGAAAGAGAUUCACAGGUUGCUGGUGGGGAAUUUGGUUUUAAAACUUUCUACACUACAAAAUCCAAUCACAACGAAAAAAUAUUUCAGAAGUCAUGUCUUCUUUUGUAAUAUUUUAUUGUCAUGUUAAGUGAGCUUUCAACUAAAUCCUAUGCGAAUUAAGACCCCCUUUAUCUCUUUGACGUAGUUCUGCCAGCAAUAAUUGUGGUCAACUACAAUACGGAAAUAAUGUAAUUUUUCAGCAAAACAAAUCUGUACAUGUUUAUACAUGUACUGUUUGAAUUUUCAGUUGAGAUAAUUCGUUGUAUAGGUAUCUUUUAAAUAUUUUUCCUUGCAGCAAGUGUGUGUUUGAAAUAGUUCCUGAUUGCCACCUGGCCUCAUUUAUACUUGCUUAAAUAUUGCAAACUUUGGUAUCCUAACCUAGAGAUGCUCUCCAAUUAAGCUAAGAGCUACUACU